AUGCUACACCGUGGCAACAACAAUAGAAGUGCGACUGAUCAAAACAAUAACGGAAAAACAUCUGGGAUUAAUAAUGAAAAAGAUUUUCCAUCAUUCUAUACAGACUCCAAACCAGCCGAUAGUUUUCUUACUUUAAAGAAACAGGAAAGACUAAAACAACGAACAAUUACUGGUCUAAGAAAAAUUUAUUGGAGGCAUAUAUUUUGUAUUAGUAUCUGUUGGACUGUAUUAUUAUUUUAUAUGGAAAGAUAUUUAGUUAAAUCCACAAUCAACCAAUGCGCUUGGAAUAACUGGGAGGCAUGGGAUGACACAACAGGAACGAUUCCUUAUAGGGUUGCAUUGUUUGGUGACCCGCAAAUAAUGGAUAACCAUUCCUAUCCAGAUAGACAUUGGUUAAUUAACCGCAUUACUCGUUUAAUUUUGGAUAGCUAUCACAAAAAGAACUGGAGAUAUAUUCAAAAAGAUUUGAAUCCUGAUGCGUCUAUGUUUUUGGGAGACCUAUUUGAUGGUGGUAGAUAUUGGGACGAUAAAACGUGGAUUGAAGAAUUCGAAAGAUUUAACAGAAUUUUCCCCAAAAAAAGGGAUCAUAAAUUCGUUGCCUCAUUGCCAGGAAACCACGACAUAGGCUUUGGUGAUACAGUUGUGGAAAGUAGUUACAAUAGAUUUGAAACUUAUUUUGGCGAAACAUCUUCCAUUAUGGAUUUGGGGAAUCAUACAUUUGUACUUGUUGACACUAUUUCAAUGUCAGACUCCAAAAUUCCACAUAUUUCCCAAAAAGUUUAUGAUUUUUUGGAUAGAGUGGAAUCCUACAGAACUCAGAGUGCUUUUCCUAGGAUAUUAUUAACACAUGUUCCGUUAUAUCGUAUACCUGAUACUCAAACGUGUGGAUUUGAAAGAGAAUCGACGAAACUAUUUCCCAUGAUGAAAGGUGAUCAGUAUCAAACCGUUAUAGAUCAGCAGCGUUCUUCAGUAGUUUUAAGUAAAGUUGAUCCUAAAUUAAUAUUUUCAGGAGAUGACCAUGAUUAUUGUCAUGUAACACAUGAAUUUGAGGUAUCAUAUAAAAAUGAAAAGGCUAUUCACAGUGCAGAAGAAAUCACCACUAAAUCUUCUGCUAUGAAUAUGGGCAUUAAAAAACCAGCAGUACACUUAUUAUCCUUGUACAAUCCACUAUAUUCAUAUGUUACCAAGGAGACAAAGACCUACGAGAACUUUGUUUGUUAUUUACCUGAUCCGUACAAGCCAUUAUUUUGUUAUGCAAUAGCUGCUUUAUUAACAUUAUUUUAUGUUAUUUUGAUAUGUUUUGCACCAAGGUUUUAUAAUAGAAAUUUGAUCAAAUCAAAUAGAAAAGAGUCUAUUUUGCCUACUUUUAAUAACAACAGUAAAAAAAAUCCAUUUAUUUGUGGUUAUCGUGAUGCCUUAUAUUCAUUCAAAGUUGAUGAAAAUAAAAGUUUUAUGACUUUUCUUUCAAAUUCCACUAUAUUAACUGGUAUUAUCUUGUUAAUGUUGUGGUAUUAUUUUAGCAGGUAG